AUUAUAUAUAUCCCAUGGGUUGUUGCAUUGGCGCUGAGCUCAUCUUUCAAUGAUCGAAUCUCAUGAGCUUUUUGGAGGCCUUUGCAGACUUUGGGACGCCAUCCGCCUUUGCAGCUCAGUGCUCUAUCGCUUUUACUCAUUACCCCCGCAGGCACGUACGGAAAGAAACCAUCAAGACAAUCACCAGUCAAUCCGUAGUGUUUCCAUUCUUCUGAACGAAAGCUUUGAGAAGCUUCUGGACAGAAGGGACCCCAUUCACCUGACACUUGACAGAAAAACAAGUCUCGGGCAAGAUGACAUGCAGCUGAUGAUGUCAGCGCGAGCAUGAGAUGGCGCCAGCCAUAGCUGGGGCGUCGGGAGGGGGGGACGCUCAGCAGAAGAAGGACAUCUGGAGCUUGAUUCUCGAGCAGAAAAAGGGGGCGGGCAAGGCGAGAGGAGCUGGCGACCUCCCUGACUCGCAUGUCUACUUUGUGGGGGCCGUGCGUGGGGGCAAAUCCACUCUAGUUAGCCGCUUCCUGAAUCCCGACAAGGAGGAGGAGCCUCGUCCCGGACAAGGCCUUGAGUACACGUUUGCAAGGCGCUCAUCUGCGGCGGCAAUUGACAAGAAGGACACGGCUCACCUGUGGGAGCUGUCCGGCGGUCCGGCGCUGUCCAAACAGCUCGCGGACGGCAAGCACGCGUUUCUGCCGAUUACCGCAAUUCCGACCGCGGUCGUCGUGAUCGUACUCGACCUCUCAAACCCGAGCGGCGUUUUGGACACGCUGACGUGCUGGCUGAACAAGACGCAAGAGCGGCUCGACACAUGUUACCGGCUGCUGGAACGGAAGGGAUCCAAGCUGCCGGAGCAACUCAGAGCCCGCGCCAAACAGCGCUUUGGCAGCGAGCACGAGGAUGCGGACGCGGUGCAGCACUCGGGCGUGCCCAUCGUCAUCGUCGGCGCAAAAUACGACGCUUUCAUGAACGCGGAUCCCGAAGUCCGCAAAGUCAUGGCGCGGACGCUCCGGUACAUCGCCCACAGCCGGGGCGCGUCGCUUAUUUACACCGGGGGCUUGGGGCCCCAGCCGCCCGCGUCCUCGCAGCCGGAGGAGGCGGUGAGAAUGCGCGCCACCAGCAAGGCGGCCCUCAACGCAUUGAGAACCGUGCUCAACCACUAUGUCUUCCGCACGGCGCCCUUGAAAAUUGUGGAAGUGGAUCAUACGCGCGCGCUGUGCAUACCCGCAGGUGCGGACCGCUUUCGAGAAAUCGGACGUCCGAAGGGCGGCAGUAGCAGCGCGGACCUGCAAGCGGGUUUGUCGGAGUGGCGGGCCAUUCACACCGCCGUCUUCCCGCCACCCCCCCCGGAAGUGACGGAGCCGCAGUGGAAGCUGGACCGGGACAAGUACGCGGAACCUGAGGUGGAUUCAGUCUUGAUGCAGCUGCAAGCCGGAGACCGGAAAGCAGAAGCCGAGGGACAGGAAGAGAGUAGCAAAGGAGUCCCAGUCCAGCGGUGACAUACAGGCACGCGACGGAGAACGUCUAGACUCUGUCGACUCCGCAUCAACUUCUCUACGUGUUUGCUGUACUUGCCGUUCCUGACGGUUGCGAGGAAUCAUUGACGCCAUGCAGUGUUGCUGUCUGAAUGGUCUGCAAGCGCUAAAUGCUGGUCGUCAAUCAGCCGCAAGCGCAGAAGCCGCGAGGUGGGUUACGAAGGGACCCGUCAAAGAACUUAAGUUCCAGUGCUUAAGAGUUUCAAGGUCUGCUCAUUCGUUUCGCCUCAUGGCAGUGCCGUCGGUCAUGUCGCGC